UUCAUGGGAGGCGCUGGGCUGAGUUAUUUUGGUUGGCCAUUCACAUGUGAGAGGAGAGGCAUGGAUCAAUCAUUGAAAAUCACACUACACCGUCUCUCUCUGUACCAUCACUCCUCUUUUCACGCUCCUGGUCUCCUCUUCAAAGGUCACAUAGUGUAUUGCAGCCAUGUCUGAAGGACCGAAAAAGGCCAGAUCCAAGUACUCAGCAACACGCAGACUUCUGCUGAAGAGCAAACUGCUGAAAAAGGCAGAAAGCUUGCUGGUGAAAGAAAAAGAGGAGAAAGAACUGGAGAGAGAAAACAUCCUGAGGGAGAGAGCGCCGCCCCUCAACCUCUCAGGCCUGUCUGCCCAAGAAGUGAAGGAGAUUUGUAGAGAUUUGCACCAAAAGAUUGACAUUGUGGAUGAAGCACGAUAUGACCUCAAUAUAAAAGUCGCCAGAAAUGAUUCAGAGAUUCUCUCAUUAACCCAGAAGAUCUAUGAACUGAAAGGAAAAAUGAAACGGCCGAACUUGAGAAGGGUGAAGAAGUCGGCAGAUACCAUGCUGGGAUCGGUCACAGACACCAGAGUCGACUUCAAAGCCAAACUCAAAACUGUUAAAAAGGAAGAAGAAAAGAAGGAGGAGGUUACAGACUGGAGGAAAAACGUAGAGGCCAUGUCAGGCAUGGAGGGCAGGAAGAAGCUUUUCGAUGCCGGACAGUAGACAGCAGCGAGUGUUUCCAGCUGAAAAGAGGUUGCAAAGGAUAAAGGGUUAUUGUGAUGCAAAGCUCAUGUUGCUUGUUUGAAUUUAAACACCGUCAACAUUUUAUGGUGAAUUACUCACCAUCAGGCAUCCAAGGUAGAUGAGUUUGUUUCUUCAUCAGAACAAAUGUAGCAUGAUGUUACAUCACUUUCUCACCAAUGGAUGCUCUGCAGUGAAUGGGUGCCGUCAGAAUGAGAGUCCAAACAGCUGAUAAAAACAUCACAAUAAUCCCCACGUCUCCAGUACAAGUGAUGUAAUGCUAAAUUUCUCCAAAUCUGUUCUGAUGAAGAAACAAACUCAUCUACAAAUUUUUUGCCACAUUUUCAUUUCUUGGGUGAACUCUUUCUAUAAAAAGCGAUUUGCCAAUCAAAAAUUUGGCGUUGGUACAAUUCUUUAAAUGCUUUUCAAAAGAAGUCUCUUAUGCUCACUAAGGCUGCAUUUAUUUGAUCAAAAAUGCAGUAAAAAUAUUAAAUUUAAAAUAACUGUUUUAUAUUUGAAUAUAUAUUUUAAAAUGAUAAAGGGGCAUCUUGAUCCAAAUCUCAUGUUUGUUUGUUUAAAUUUGAAUCAUCUUGAACAUUAUUUUAUGGUUAAUUAUUCAUUGAUUUUGUCAGCCAGCUGUGGCUCGCACGUGAUGUUAAAUUGUGAUUUGCUGCGAUUAAAAUGUGUAAGCGCUCUGCUGUCCAUAGAGAGGGAUUAAAUAAUAGAGCAACCUCAUAUUCAUAUCAUAUCAACUGUGUAAAUAUUUGCUUCAUAGUCAGUGUUGAUUGAAACCAAUAAAGCUAUUGAAGAGCUUUAUUAUUUUAUUUCCUGUUUGUAGUUUACAAACAGAAAAUAGUUUAAUUUUUAAUAAAAGCUUAUUGAGUGAAUAAGAAAGUUUGAGUCCUUCAUUAAAAUAAUCAAAUAUUUGAUUAAAACAAGCUGUAAUGUCAAUGGCACAGGAACUGCUUGUCGAAUACCCAGUUUAAAGCAGUUUUAGGUGUUGACCUACAGAUGGCGCUCUGCAUUUAUACUACAUUGAAUGAUCUGGCAUUAAAUCAACACCAGGGGGAGACAAAGUCACACAGGCGUCUCAGCAGGCCUCAAAAUGGAGCCUUAAAUCAGUCACAAGAAUAUCAUUAUAUAAAAAGAUAUGCGUCAGCUGUUAUACUUUUUAUCUGAAAUGCAAUAUUUUGUGUGUGAACAGAUGUGGUGGUGUUUAGAGGAGGAAGUACAGGGAGGUAAAGGGAAGGAAUUUGGGUGGCACUGUUUCCUCUAUUACCAGAAAGAUGGCAAACCGGAACAGAUGUAACAUCAGUCAUCAGACAUGAGUCAGCACGUCCACUUCAACACAGCAAAAAUAUUUAGGUCAUAACAGACUCUUUAAAUCAGCAGAGCAAUGCAAAUCUGUGAAUUCUGCUGAACUAGAUCAAUGAAUCGAUAAGUGUGGAUUCUGUAACAUCCUUAGAUCAUAGUUGAUAACAGAGAUGCUGCAUACUUCUUCUGCAUAUUAAAAUCAACAGGUGAUACCUUGUACAGUUCAUUAUUUAUAGCCCAAAAUGUAAAAGUGUCUUACUUGGUAAGUUACUGCAGUUUAAAUCCUCAGUAUCCAUAAUCACGAGGCCAUUGGAGAUGAAUAGUCAUGUGAAAUCACAUCCUGAAAGAUAUAAAGCAGAGCAGAUAUUAGCACCCCGGGGUUCACCUACAAUUCUCUGUGAUGUUAAACUCUCUAUGCUUCAGAUGUCCUGGUUAAAUCAAGUUCAUGUACUCCCAUAGAGAGAGACGAUCUUUAGAUAUUCCCUUUCUUAGAGCAAGUUAAGGCAAGCGGCUAAUAUUUUCAGGAACUCAUAUGAAUAUCUGAGGUCAGCUGAGGUCUUCCCUGAUGUUAAAAACCAAAGCACAUUAUAAAAGUAAACAUCUGAGAUCCUCAGGCAAAUAUAGUGCAGGCAAAGCCCUCGGAUCAAAAGGCCGAAAAUGUCUGGCAGCUUCUACUGUGUUACCAAAUUACAGGCAAAUGAUCGACAUUUGACUGCUCUCAGUUUCCAGUUCAUGGGAAAAUACUAUAGGAGAUAUUUUGCUCGCAAUUUGAGGUGAAGCACUUGAGCACUUCUGUUUCACUGGAGUCAUAUAUGUUGAACAAAUAAAUCCUUGUUUUCCUUC